GGAAGCUCUGCGCUUUAACUAGGAUCAAUGUGGUAGAGGAUUCCUCCCCAGCUUUUGCAAGGAAGUCUGAGGCAAUUAGUUCAGUCAGUAGACAGCCUGCAGUCAGCCAGUCUGGGCUGCUCCUCGUGCCUCGCAAGGAAUGAGAAAGGAGAGGGGUGAGAAUAAAUGUCCGGUGACCUCUGCAGCGGGGCUUCUCUCGAGGGAACGUUUUCUUUUUCUCUCCCCGGGCCCCGUGUGAUUUUGAACCUCUUGGCUUUUUUUUUUUUUAAUUAGGUGAUUAAAACUGGGGCUUAAUUACUUUCCACCCCAGCGAUCUGAGGAGUUUGGGUGCGCGCGCGCGGGCGGACGCGUUUGCACUGAGUCGUGCUCUUGGUCGGUGAAAGCGGAGAGCGAUGGGGUUUGAGCUGGAUCGGUUCAACGGGGAGGUGGAUCCAGAUUUCAAAUGCAAUCUGUGCAACAAAGUUUUGGAGGACCCUCUCACCACCCCCUGCGGUCAUGUGUUCUGCGCCGGCUGCGUCCUGCCGUGGGUCGUGCAACAAGGCAGUUGCCCGGUGAAGUGCCAGCGGAUCUCCACCAAGGAGCUGAAUCACGUUCUGCCCUUGAAAAGCCUCAUCCUCAAGCUGGACAUCAAGUGCGCCAACCGAGAGCGGGGCUGCGAGAAGGUGGUCAAACUGCAGCACUUGGCCGAGCACGCCGAGAUGUGCGACUACUCGCCGGCCAAGUGCCGCCAUAAGGGCUGCGCCGAGGUGCUCAACUUGCGCGAUGUGGACGCGCAUAUGCGCGAGAGCUGCGAGGCCCGGCCGGUCGGUAUCUGCGAACAGGGCUGUGGCUUGGUGCUCACCCACCGCGAGCGCAAGGCCGGCUCGCACUGUUGCUUGCAGGCGCUCAAGGCGCACAACGGCGCCCUCCAAGCCAAGCUGGCCGGCCUGGAGAAGGAGCUCAAGAAGGAGGCGCUGCGGGCCGGCAAGCGGGAGAAGUCGCUCUUGUCGCAACUCUCGGCCGUGCAGCUCGAGCUCCAGAUGACAGCGCUGCGCUAUCAGAAGAAGUUCACCGAGUACAGCGCCCGCCUCGACUCGCUCGGCCGUAGCCUGGCCGCCUUUUCGCCCAGCAAGGGUGAAGAGACAAAAGCAUUGAAUCUUGUUCUUCAUCGUGAUUCAGGAUCUCUUGGAUUUAAUAUAAUUGGCGGUCGGCCAUGUAUGGACAAUCAAGAUGGCCCAACUAGUGAAGGAAUCUUUGUCUCUAAAAUAGCCGACAGCGGGCCUGCUGCCAAAGAAGGAGGACUCCAGAUUCAUGACCAGAUUAUUGAAGUAAAUGGAAAAGAUUUAUCCAAGGCAACCCACGAUCAAGCAGUAGAAGCCUUUAAAACAGCAAAAGAUCCCAUUGUAGUGCAGGUCCUGAGAAGAGCACCACGCGCCAAGAUCUUCAGCCCUUCUCACGAGUGCCUCUUGGUAGAUAUGGGCACACAGACUGAGAUUACCUUUGAACAUAUCAUGGCUCUCACCAAGAUGGGCUCACCCACCCCACCAGUCUUGGAUCCAUAUCUCUUACCUGAGGAGCAUUCAUCAGGGCAUGAAUACUAUGACCCAAAUGUUUACAUGGGAAGCAUUCAUCAAGAAAUGGACAGAGAGGACCUAGAAUUAGAGGUAUGA